GGUUAAUGCUGCCGCCCGCCCAUGCUGACAGAAUGCAGAACAGCCUCCUGCAUUCUAAAACGCUCUCUCUCAUUUAGCCAUUACCUCCACAAACCCUGCUCUUUGUCAGCGCCGGUCCGGGGGAAGGAGUUAUUAACUGCGCCGUACAACGUUGUGCGGGGAGAGGGGGAGAAUGCACCUCGCCCGGACCGAGAUUAGCUCCUCCGCUUCCACCGCGCACAGAUUUGUCCUUAGCCAUGAAUCAUCAACCCGCCUCCGUUCCGCAAAGGGGUUAAUGUUCAGACCGGCGACCUGCCUGUGGCUCGGAAAAGGUCACCACAUGGAUGGACACCAGCUUUCCGUCCGGAGGGAUGCGGACAGGUGCCGUGGCAUUUGACGUGACCCAGAAUGCCGUUAGUGAAGAGGAACAUCGAGCCCAGGCACCUGUGUCACACAGUCUUGCCUCGGGGCAUCAAGAAUGAGCUGGAGUGCGUGACCAACGUGUCCCUGGCAAAUGUCAUCCGACAGCUCAGCAGCCUCAGCAAGUAUGCAGAGGAUCUGUUCGGGGAGCUGUUCAACGAGGCUCACUCCUUCUCUUUCCGAGUGAACUCCCUCCAGGAGCGCGUGGACCGCCUGUCCAUCAGCGUCACCCAGCUGGACCCCAAAGAGGAGGAGCUGUCCCUGCAGGACAUCACCAUGAGGAAGGCCUUCCGCAGCUCCACCAUCCAGGACCAGCAGCUGUUUGACCGCCGGACGCUGCCCAUUCCUCUGCAGGAGACCUUUGACCUGUGUGAACAGCCGCCGCCCCUCAACAUCCUCACACCCUACAGGGAUGAUGGGAAGGAGGGACUAAAGUUCUACACAAACCCCUCCUACUUCUUCGACCUGUGGAGAGAGAAGAUGCUGCAGGACACAGAGGACAAGAGGAAAGAGAAGAGGAAGCAGAAGCAGCUGGAAAUUCCUUUUCAUGUGUCAGCGGAGGGCUUUAACUGUGUGAACACAGAGCCCACCCACAUCGUCCUCGAGUUGCAGGACGCCAGCAGGUAUGAUCAGGUCUAUAGGUAUUUAGACCUUCCAGGUCAGCUGAAGAACAUCGACCGCCCCCAGGAGCCGGAGAAGGUUCCGCGGGCCCCGCACGACCGCCGCAAGGAGUGGCAGAAGCUGGCCCUGGGCGCCGAGCUGGCCGAGGACGACGCCGAAGAGGCACACAAACACAAAGACGUGGCCAACGGCUCCGCCACCUACCACGACGCCAGGCAACCUGUGUUUGUGGAUCAUGUUGAUGGGCCUUUCUCCUUGGCCGCCCUGCCGUACAGCCAGAUGAACGAGCUUCUGAACAGGAGCGGGGACAGAAUGUAUGUCCGACCCCACGAGCCUCCGCCCCCGCCUCCCAUGCACUCUGUGGGAGACAUCAAAGCCCCCUCCAUAAUCAGCUCCAGCUCUGGGUUCACGGACAGUCGUCCCCAGUCUCCAGCCAGGACACCUGUGUUCCUCAAUCCCAAUGCUCCUCCCCCUCCCCCACCCCCCUUACCUCCUCCCCCACCCCCACUGCCAUCCUCAAUGCCAGGCUCAGGCAUGCGGGGAACCCCCCCUCCCCCGGUUCCACCCCUUCCAAUCCAGCCCCCUGCCAUUCCCCCUCCCCCCGCCCCCCUCCAGAUCGCCCCUGGCGUGCUUCACCCCGCCCCUCCCCCCAUCGCCCCGCCCCUGCACCCCGCCUCCCCAGCUCGGCUCCAGCAGGUCCUGGACAAGGGCCCGCCCCCGUCCCAGACAGAGGGGCUGAUCCUGCCCCCACCUCCCCCUCCGCCACCGCUGCCCCUCCCGGGAGCCAGGACGUCAUCCCCCUGUCCCACGCCCCCGCCCCCAGGCCCGCCCCCCGUGCCUUCCUUCCUGUCGGGCGCCAUCUCCUCCCCGCCCAUGCACGCCGGGCACGAAGCCAAACGCCACCCCUCCAACCUGCCAGUCAUCAGCGACGCCAGGAGUGUCCUUCUGGAAGCUAUACGCAAAGGGAUCCAGCUGCGCAAGGUGGAGGAGCAGCGGGAGCAGGAGGCUAAGCACGAGCGCGUGGGCAACGACGUGGCCACCAUCCUGUCCCGCCGCAUCGCCGUGGAGUACAGCGACUCCGAGGACGACUCCGAGUUCGACGAGGUGGACUGGAUGGAGUGAGCCUCCGUCCAGCGUACCGCCCCCACCUGCCCCCCCUCCCCUCCCCCCCCCUCCAUCAUCUUCUCUUCUUCGAUUAUUUUACCC